UAUCCACAUAUUAUUUUGAUGAGAAUAUGAUUAUAGUCAACUAGUUUAAAAAGAGAGAACUGAUUUUUUUUUUUAGGAUGUUACAAAUGUAUAUUUACAUUUAUAUAUUAGUCGCUUUUAUGCAAAGUGGCAUACAGUUGAGAAGGCAUGGUCAGUUCCUGGAGGUUAAGGCCCUUGCUCAGGGGUGACUCUGCUGACUCUGGGACUUGAACCAGCAGCAUUCUGGUUGCACUGUCCCAGCCUGUUGAGCCACACACUGCAUUUUCUGGAUCUAAUGUCUUGUAGUCCUGUUGAGGUUUCCCUUGCCACCAAGAACUGAGCUGUACCAUGAACUCACAGUCUCCGCUCGUGCCCUGCCAUGUCCCCUGAACGCAACAAUGCAGACUCCGUGCUACUGUGACCCUAAUGGGAGAAGAGGAUGCUGGCAAAUGGAAUGAUAUGAACACUUUGUAUCCCAGCACACUUUUCGGUAAAGCUAGAGUAUGCAGACCUGAUGGUACUUCUGUACCAGAAGCCUGAAUUCUGCCCGUGAUGCCACGCUGAGAUGGCUGACGGCUGGAAGAACAGAUUCGAGUUCCCCAGCCCCCUCGUUCAGGCCCAGGCGGUCAGAAGCCUGCUGGCCGGCGUGCUCAAAGAGAAAGGUCGCAAUGAGAAGAUCGUCCCGUCGUCCAAUCAGAACCCGCUGUGGGAGUCCCUGUGGGAGCACUGCUCAGGCGAGGCUGGGGUCGUCCGCUCGGCCUGCUGCGACGCCCUGGUGCUGCUGGUGGAACAGGGCCACGCCGACCCGAAGCUGGUGCUCGCCGGCGUGCUAAACCUCGUGCCCUCUGCCAGGAACGUACAGGGGCUGAUGAAGGUGCUGAGUAAGCUGAUGCAGAUCCAGGUGGACCAGGACUUGAGAGGAGAUGCCUUCACCUGUCCAUACUCCAUCAGGAAUCCCCCGCAUCCCUUCAUCACCGUGCUGGAGAACCGUCCUGACUGUUGGCCCUGGCUGCUGCAGGAGGUCGACGACUUUGUCCGGCGGGCCGCGCUCAGGAAGAAGCCUGCUUACGUCGCCAUGCUGGUGCCCUUCCUGCGCUUCCUGUACUGCGGCGCGCUGCAGGCGCCCGAGCACGCUCUGCUGAGGCUCGGCCUGCUGAGGGCGCUGCUGCCAGCCCGACCGGACCCGGGCCGCGGAGGGGGUGAGGACAGCGGCCCAGGGAAGGGGGAGGCGGAGUCUCAAAUGGCGCCUGUGACCCGCAGACUCAUCCUCUGCCUGCUGGAGCUCGUGCCACACAUGCAGGUGGACAGCAUCACAGCCGUGCUGGAGCUGAGCCAGUUCAUAGAGGCUCUGUGCCCCACGUUGCUCGCCGGCGAGGGGGGGUGGGGCCCCCAGUGUGCCCAGCUGGCCCUUCAGCUGCUCUGCGCCUGUCACCUCUGCCUGGAGCUGGGGGGCGACUGCAGCCCCCUCCUGCGCCUAAUCCAGCGGCUCCUGCCGGCCUGCUCCGAGGCGUUUCCGACGGAGCAGGUGAUUGUGGGAGUCGCCCUGCUGCUGAGAAAAGCUCCCGCGAGUCAGCAGACAGCCAUCCUUACCCUGGCCUCGAAGGUGGUCUCCUCUGAAGCCGAGACGUGCCCCUCGCUGGCCCCAGUGCUGCUGCUGCCCCUGCUGGAAGUUCUGUCCUGUUCUGUGCUGACGGAGGCCCUGACCAACCCCGAGACUCGGGCUCAGAACCAGCAGUUGGCCCGCUCACUCUUGGAGGCCGUGCAGAAGCCGACCAGGGUCUCCAAGGAGGAUGCCAUGCGGCUGCCGCUGCCUCUGUGCGCCUGGUACAGCGAGCUGCUGGCCACCACCAUGGUGGUGCGGCGGUUGGGUCACGACCCGGUGGCGGCCUGCGGGUGGCUCCGCGCCGCCUGCUCCGCCCUCCCCCUUUGCCGCCGCGUGCCGGACUCUCUGGCGCUGCUCCUGGCCUACCUUGUUGCCACCGGCAACGGGGACGACUGCAGGCUGGCCCUGGACGCCGUCGCCCUAGCGGCCCAAGCGGACCCUGCUCAGGUCCCGGGCCUCCUGCUGGUGCUGAUGCUGAAGCUGGGAAGGGCAUCGGACCCCGAGCUGUCCCACGCCGUGCUCUACACGCUGCCCAAGCUGGGCACCCAUAAGUUCUGUGUUCCUCAGCUGCUGCAGGCCAUGCAGAUGCUGUCCAGUGCCCCCAAGCUGAGAGCUGUGGCCCUGCGCCUCAUGACGGCCUUCUGGGAGAAACAGGACCGUGUGUACCCCCAGCUGCUGAGGUUGAUGGCCCAGACGGAGCAGACCUCCACAGUGGUCCUGGGGAAGGAGGACCAGUGGGAGCAGAUUUUGGCCCGCGCCGCCUGUGUCCGAGACGUCUGCAGGGAGAGGCCGUACCAGCAUGGGGGCGACAUGCUGGCGGCCAUCACAGACACCAUCACGCAGUGCAGCGGAGGCCAGCAGGCUGCCCCUGUGGCUCUGGCGCUGCAGGGGCUGCGAGAGCUCUGCCGGGCCGAGGUAGUGGACAUCCGUUCCACCUGGGCCGCCCUCUCCCCCCGUCUGGCCUGCGACUCUCGCCCCCUGGUGGCCAAGGGCCUGGCGGAGCUCUUCUCCCUGGUGCCCCUGCUGUCCGUGAAGACGGAGGACUACGAGAAAUUCAAAGCACAGAUAGUGAGCAUCCUGUGGGCGUACGCGCUCGAUAAGAACCCGGAGGUGGCGAGUGCUGGCUACAGGGCCCUCGCGGAGUUCCCGGAAAAUGACCACACCGUCCUGCACCUACCUGAGCCGGCAAGGCCGCCCAAGCCAGAACCUACCAGCGAAGAGGAAGAGGACGAAGGCGACAAGGAGGAAGACCUGUCAGUGCCAGGGCCAUCCUACGUCAAGCUGCUGCUCCUCAGCCCCAUGACGGUUCACUCAGCUCUGGAGGGCUUCCUGACGUCCCUGGUGAGGCAGGAGAUGGCCCAGAUGCCGCGUGGGGUGUACCACUCCGUCCUGAGGGGGGGCGGCUCGCUCCGCUCGAACCAGGGGAAGGCGGUGGCCGGGAUUCCCGGCUUCAUGCUGAAGACCCACGAGAGGAACAAGCAGCCUGGGCUGAAGUCUGGCCUCGCUGCCGGCCUGCUGCUCUGCUACGAGCUGCCCGUGCAGACCGACCGGGACGGGCGACCAAUCAGCCGCUUCCUGGUCAGCCGGGGGCGGAGCUACCAGCAGAUGUUGGCGACGCUGAUCCACGAGGUGAACAUCCAGCCGUCCGAAUGGCACCGUUCCCUGCUCCUCCCCCAGGCCUGGCUCGGGUUUAUGGGCAGGACCUACCAUGCCGUAUUACAGGGCCGACGGGCAGAGCUGGAGAUGCUGCAGAAGCAGGGUAAGGGCAGCCUUGAGGAGCUGCAGGUGGAGCACCACAACGCCUGGCUGUGGGUCCGGGACCAGCUGAUGGAUGUUCUCAAGUCUGCAGCAAAGGACGGUCCUGUGGUCCAGGGGAACUCCAUCCUGGCCCUGAGUGGCCUGGCAGCCACGCUGGCCAAGUAUGAGAGCACCCUCCCCAUUGACCCGGAUGGUGACCCUAAGAUGGGCUCUGAGUUCCUGCCCGCCAGACUCUGGAUGUCCAUGGUGCUGGAGACUUUGUGGAGUGUGGUAAGCAGCAGAUACCAGCCCCGCGCCAACGUCUUCCCCUGGUUCCAGCACAGGUCCUACACCGGGGGAAACACCGCUGGCACCAUCGCCCGGUCCUGUGCCUCCCUUGGCCUGUCGCUGCUGGUCCCCGUGCUGCUCUCCUCCCAGAGGGACACCGCGCUCGAGGUCUUGGGCACCCUGGAGUCAGGUCUGCCGGGGGGUCCGGCCGCCGACGAAUCCCAGGCAGUCCAAUUCCACACAGGCCUCGCGCUGGGGAUGUUCCUGUGCCACCUGCAUGAGGAGGGGGUCAGUGAAGUCUCAGGGCAGAAGCUGGCCCAGCUGCUGAUGAGCUCCCUGGACACCCUGGAGGCCCGUUGCUUUGACAGCAGCCUGGAGUACAACACGGGAUGCAUUCUGGGAGUGGGCCUGGUUCUGUCCAGCCUGACCAAAAGCGGCCGGCCCGAGGAUCGAUCACGCGUGGUGCUGGGGCUGGAGCGGCUGAGGCGGGAGCUGGCGGACAGCGAGAGUCGCGGGCGUAUGGUGCAAGAGGUCUUGGCCUAUGCGGUGGCCUGCACGGCGGUGUCUGCCUUCAACACUGGGCUCAUCGACGGCGCCGUGGCGGAGGAGACGAUGAACGGCCUGCGACAGAUCACCGAGGAAAGCCAGCAGACACCAGGCUUUGCUCUGGCUCUGGGCCUCACCGUUCACGGUCUGUCCACCUGCGGUCACGGCAAGGCGGAGGACCUGCACGGCCGCCUGCUGGCCGCCUGGAUCAAGAUCCUGCUUGCAGAGGGCUGUCCGACCAUGCAGCGCCUAGCCGCGGCGAACGGGCUGGUGGCGCUAGCCGGCUCGGAGAGCAUCCUCAUCCAGCUGAAGUGUGAGUCGGGGGAGUCUUCCCAGCAUCAGGCCAGGCUGAACGAGGUCAUCAGGGCUGUCACUCAGAUCGUCACAUAUUCCAGUGCGAUUGGGCUGCAGUGUAACGCCUCAUGCCUGCUGGGACAUCUGCAUCUGACCCAGGUGUCAGCCAAUCAUAACAGGGCAGGAGUUCCCCCGGAUUUCGGAUAUCUCCCGGAGAGGAGUGUCAUUCGAGCGACUGUGGAUUACAUCUCAGACGCAGGAAAAAAAGGCCCAGAGUUCGCCCAUCCCAAGCUGGUGAAGGUGGCACUGGGACCCUUGGUGUCCGUGGGCGCCAGCUUCCAGUACCCACCUGUCAACUGGAGCACUCUGCUCGCCCCACUCAUGAGGCUUAACUUUGGGGAAGAUGUUCAGCACCACUGCAUCGAGCUGGCUGUCGGCCAGAGCCAGACUUCCCAGAGUGCCGCACUCUUCCUGGGCACAUGGCUGAGCCCGCCAUUGGUCCACAGUCUGAGCCCACAUACCAGGGGUCACCUGUACCGCUCGUUACCCCUCUGGAUGAAGCACGUGCCGGCAGAAAAACUGCAGAGCUACGUGAGCAUACUGGGCGUGCAGCAGGUCGGCCAGCGGGACCUUCCUGGGCGGGGCGAGCUCUGCCGGGCCGUACUGGAGGGCCUCGCCCAGGCCAUGGCCCUGCCGGACCCCACCCAAGACAGCUGGGCCAUCCUCCGCUCCACCACGGAGGCCAUCUUCCAGCUCCUGCCCGAGCAGAUUCAGGAAAGUGAAGCUGAUUUGUAUGUGGGCAUUUCUAAGUGUCUCUCCGAAAUGAAGGAUACGGAGAUUGAGAGGAUAACUCGUGUCACUGAGGCUAACCUGGAGAAGACAGGCUUCGUCUUGGCCUACUUGUGCUCUCAAGGCCACGUGCCCCUGCUGGCCCUCAAUGACGUCAUUGCCACUGCGUUGCCGGGGCACCGGCAGGAUGAAGUCACCUGGAUGCUCACGCAGAGUUUCUACCAGUGUUGCCUGGCUUCCAACCCCAACACAGAUGUGCUGAGGAGGAUGGAAUGGCUGCUGGAGCUGAUGGGCCUGAUCCGGAACGUGGCCUACGGAACAACCUCUGUGAAUCACGGGGAGCCCAAGCAGGCCACAGGCUUCCUGCUGCGAGUUUUCAGCGCCGCCGUGCUUACCUGGGCAGACCAUGCCAUGCCGCUGCUCCAGGGAGUUGGGGCGAUCUGGGCGCCGCGGAGAGAGGACCCAGAAGUGGGGCGGGCCGACUCGUUCUGCGGGGUGCUGCCCAGCCCGGGGCGGCCCGUCUUCCGGGCCCUACUGGCACUUCCCCAUAGCCUCCAGCUGCUGCUGACCAAGGAGCCUUGGAAAGGACAGACUCAAAAAUUUUUAGACUGGCUCUUCAGCAUCGCUGAGGGCCCGACCCAGAGCUUAUCCGAGUCGUCCGUCUCCGCUGCCAAAGCCGCCAUCGCCGCAUUGAGGAACUUCCCCGAAUUCCGGAAGAAGGCCGUCUGGGCGCGAGCUUAUGGCUGGUAGAUCCAAACUGGCGUCCUGACAGCUUGGCUGGAGCAACCCGAAGAGGGUGGAGGUGACAGGACCCUGCAGAAGUGUCCUGGAGACUUGCCCGGCCCCCAUCCAGUGAUCUUCAUGUGACGAUACCGCCGAACAGUACAGCUUAGCACCAUUAUUUCCUCAGAUUGGCAUGGAGUGAGUCAAGUCACAUGGUGGGGCAUGAUCAUUUUGCGCACCAAUAGGCUGUGAUUAUGUCGCCCGCGGCUGUAGCGUGAAUUCAGCACAUCUGUAAAUGACAAAGCUAGUAGUGUGAGACGUGAUUUAAUUCUACCGUGCUGCUUGUCAUUGAUAUGCGUGCAGUGUUUGCGUAACGGAGGAACGGGCGCGCAGUGUUGCUGUGGGAGGGGCGCGGUGAAUGACGUUCAGGGUGGCCUCGCCCUGAUGCUCUCUGCGCCCUAGACCGUGACCGUGUAUUAAAGAAGUGCUAUAAACAAA